AUCAAAACAAAUAAUACGGUUAGAUCCGGAGGACUCCGAGGUUGUCGGGGUCGCUUGCUGUAAAAUUUUGCGCAUUUUUGUUUCAGGUUUUCAAAUUUAUUAGACAUUUCGAUCGUUUAGGCAUAGCAGGUAUGGCGGAUAACAUCACAACCGGCGCAAGGGCUUGACGAGGAAAAGAAUACCAAAAGCAGGUCAAGCCUCCGGAGCCACGUCUAUGUGAUAUCGCACUCACAGUGAGCAGCGGCCGCAGCCAUGGAGUCGCUGCGCGCCUCGUCCUCGAGCUACUUCCCGGAGGUGGACGACGAGCUGGGCCGCGACGCGGGCUCACCGUACGGCGGCCAGCAGGCGCUGCAGGCGGCGUCCUACUCGGACCAGGAGGCCCUGCCGCCGUCCUCCGUGGCCACGCUCAGCCCGGGCCCGCAGGAGACCUACCUGCGGGCCGGACACUACACGGUGGUGGCUGCGCGGCCCGGCGAGCUGGUACACCAGGACGGCGACAAGGAGGGCGAGGCGGCGUUCUGCGUGCAGGCGGUCGGCGCCUUCUCUGAGGCCGGCGCCGAGCUGGACAAGUCGGUCUCCCACGAGCUACAGUUUAUCGGCGCCGGCACGGAGCUGGCCGGCGGCGCGUACCAGCUCAGCGCCGCCGGCGACGUCUACAAGCUGGUGGUGCGCGAGUCGAAGCCGGGCGACGUGUCGGCGGAGCAGCUGGCCGUCCACUACGGGCACCCGCUGCUGGCUGAGCCGCUGCUCCCGGUGGCGGCGGCCGUCACCGACCACCACGUGCCGCCGCCGCAGCCCGACCAGGUGGACAAGAAGGUGGCGCUGUCCGUGCCGGAGGCACAGCCGUCCCAGCAGCUGGCGCCGCCGCCGCCGCCGCCGCCGCCCCACUGCCUCAUCUGCGACAUGCGCCUGGCCAACCACCCGGUGCUGGACAUUUUCAGCAACACCACCCACCAGACGAGCACCACGUACGCCAUCAAGCUGCGCCAGGUGACGGGCCACCGGGCCAACUUCACCUACCACUCGGACGUGCUCUGCGAGUCGUGCGCCUCGCUGCUCAACGUGGUCGACUCGUUCGAGGCCCGUCUGCGAGAGAUCAAAACCCGGCUGGACGACACGCGCGCAGAGGUGCAGAAUAAGUUCAUCCGCACGUGCGCACGAUAUGACGAGGCUCAGCUGACGGGACCUACUGAGCCAGAGGGGGAGGGUGAUAAGGUGCAGGGGAGGAAGAGAAAAGCAGAGGAGACGGCACCGCAGCCCAAGAAGAGAAAGUCGCGUAUCAAGACGGUCGCUGUUUUAAAAGACACAUCGUACAGGGCGAAGACUGCUGCUGCCUCUUCUUCCGCGGAGGACGUCGGGUCGGCGGCGGUUCGGCAGCGUCGGCCAGCCCGGCGCGCCGCCGAGCGAGUCAGGACGCUGGCCGACGAGGACGCCGACAACCCGGAGGGCGUCGACGACCCGGAGCCGGAGCCGGACCAGGCCGCCGAUCCCUCGUACGGCGAGCUGGCCAGCUCGCUGAAACUGGAGACCGCCGCCGCAGAGGAGGACGACGCCGCCGAGGAUGAGGACGAUGACGAGGACGAGGACACCACCAACCUCUCGGACGGCCGGCCGCUGCGCGUGGCCAACAUGUGCGACCGCUGCGGCCGGCUCUUCAUCAACCCGAUGGUGCUGAAGGUGCACCAGCUGACGCACGAGCGGGAGCAGCAGCGCUCGCCGUCGCCGGCGCCGGAGGCCCCCUCGGACGGGCUCAUCAUCCCGGCGCUGGAGAUGGAGUACCCGGGCGGACCGGACGACGUGCUGGCGCAGGCCGUGCAGCAGAUGCACGGCGCCGACAGCCCGGCGGCGGCCGUCACCCAGGCGCGGCCGCCGGACGGGCCCGAGACGGCGCCGCCGCCGGCCGAGACGGACACUGUGCCCGGGGCGCCCGGCGAGGCCGGUCAGUCGGCGGCGGGCGUGCAGGAGGUGUUCAAGUGUGACUCGUGUCCGAGCAUAUUCCGGUCGCUGCAGAGCCUGCAGCGUCACCACCGCAAGGCGCACACGCAGGCCGUGUGGCGGUGCUUCGUCUGCUGGCAGGCCGUGGACAGUCUGCGCCGGAUGCGCCGGCACGUGGCCGCGCACGGCGAGCAGAACAGCUGCGCCGUCUGCCUGCUGCCGUUCGAGACCAAGGCGCAGCUCAAACUGCACGUGACGCGGAAACACCCCGAGACGCAGACCAAAAACAACUACUGCGAGCUCUGCAACAAACACUUCGACAACCAGGGCUUCAUCGAGCACGCGCGCGGCGUGCACGGCGUGGGCGCCGACUCGUCGCGCCGGAUCAAGUGCGACCAGUGCGACAAGGUGCUCUCUAACAACGUCAGCUACGCGAGACACAUGAAGGUGCACAAAAGGGACUUCAACUGCCAGUACUGCGGCAAGUCCUUCAACAGCCGCACCAACCUGGACAACCACGAGCGCACCCACACCGGCGAGAAGCCCUACAUCUGCCCCGACUGCGAGCGCUCCUUCAUCUCCAAACAGGUGCGCGAUAUCCACAUCCGCACCUUCCACCGCCAGAACCCGUACGCCUGCAAACGCUGCAAGCGGCGCUGCGAGUCCAAGGCCGCCUUCAUCCGGCACAUGCGCUCGCACGCCGGCGUGACGCCGUUCGAGUGUCCCGUCUGCGGCAAAAAGAUGACCACAGAGUAUUCGCUGAAGAUGCACAUCCGCGCCGUCCACGACCGCAAGCUGCCGUUCCAGUGCCACGUGUGCCAGAAGGCGUUUCCGUACAAGUCUUCGCUGACUCUGCACAUGAACACACACUCUGGCGACAAGUCGCACAUCUGCGACAUUUGCGGAAAGUGUUUCGCGUCUCGCGGUUCACUGCGCACGCACAUGCACACGCACAGUACGGAGAAGCCGUACAAGUGUGAGUGGUGCGACCGCAGCUUCUCGCGGAAGGACCUGCUGGCCGGACACAAGCUGCAGAUUCAUGGCAUUCAGCCGGUGACCAACUACUCGCGGCUCACUCGGCACUGAGUGCCCGGGGAAGGGUCGGUACGGACUCCAACUCUGUGCCUGGGGAAGGGUCGUUACGGACUACAGCUCUGUGCCUCUGAAUGGGUGUGUUAGAAGCGGGGCGGUAACUGUGCAGAUGCGGGGUGUGUGUGUGUGUGUGGCGUUGGAGAGUGACGCGAUGGGUCCGUGUGGGGAGCUGUGAGGGGCGCUGCGCCCUGCGCUCGGGCUGUCGAUAUGGGCGGGGUUGGUGGCCCGAUGUUUGCGUUGGCAUUAUCCGUCCGUGCCUGGUCCGUGUUGGUGGACACCGCCCGCUGCCGGUCGGGCCGGUGGUACGGCUGAACCCGCCGACCGACAUUAACCCCUCCGCUCCGAGCGCACACCUCGUGAGGUCCCCGGAGAUGGGGUGAUACAGGCGUCUCGGAGCCGCGGGGAGCUACGGCAUGUCCUCCCUCAAGGCCGGCGUGACACCAAGCGUGUCUUAGGGCGACGAAUUUCUGUACUGCACCUUUGAUAGCAGUCGAAAAUAGUUGUAUGAUCAAGAUGGUCUCUGUGCCUGCAGUGCACGUGCGAAUGCCGGUGUUUGGUAUAUACUUUUAUGGUGAACGUUUAUGCAGCGUUUUAUGAUGAUUUUUUGCUAUCUUUUUCCAGUUGUCUUGUGCGUGAUAGGUCAGUUUCUUUUUGUACUUUGUAUCUGUGACGUGGGAGCUACAUCUUUCUAACCUGUUUCAAGGUCCCUUUCAGGGCGACUAGAUGUCUCCAUCUUGUGCAGGUUAGCCUUCAUUCGAAUGUUAUCUCUGAUGUCCGCAAUAUCCAGGUUGUAGGACUGCUGCGUGGUGUAAGGAGUUAUCAUGACUCUUUUCAAUAGGUGUUGUACGAGUUGUGAAAUACACAAAGAUUAUCUAUAA